AUGAGUGAAGAAGACAGUUAAGAGUUGGAAAGUGAAUAAGAGGAGGAUAGAGUGAGGAAGAAGAAGAAGAAUAGGAAUAGGAAUAAUAACCUCCAAAAGAUGAAUUAAACGAUAUUUAGAAAGUAUAAUGCAUUUUCGAGCUAUGCACAAUUAGACAGGGGUUAAUAAAAGCAAUACAAUGAUCAUAACCCAUUGGAAUACUAUUAUUAAAAUAAUGUUCCCAUACCUUACUAACCAUAAGUUAAUUACCAAGAUAGACUAUAAAAGCAUCAAUAUUAAAUUGAUAAUGCUAACCUUGCAAUUAAGAUGUUAUAAAAUCCUAAAAUGCAAAUUCACAAUUAUUACGACAACUACCCUCCAUCAGCACCACACUAUCCUCCAUCCGAACAAUAAUAUAAUCCUCAUUUUUAUCAUUAACCAAAUGCUCAUCAUUAACCAAAUCAUUAUUAAUAAGUAACUCCUUCUCCUCAAUAUUAAAGGAAGAGAUCACAUGAAGAAAUUAUACCAAACCCAUAUUUGGAAUAAUCUAAUGAUUAGAGAAGGAGAAAUUCAUUUAAAGAAUACAAUUUCAUCCCACCAUCACAUUAAAACAUGUCUCAAUAUCCAGUUUAAGAAUAGUAUUAUAAUCAAUCUCCAAAUCAAUAUUACCCUUAACAGCAAUAAGGGUUUUAAUAACCAAAUCAAUUUCUUUAUUAAUAGCCGAUUUAAGAUGAACAUGAUUAUUAUUAAUAGUAGAAUUACCCAAAAUAAUCUUAAGAUAACAAACUUUAUUAACAAUAAAGACCUUCCAGGCCUCCUUUGCCCUAAUAGAAUGAUCAAAAGGAAGAAAAGAAGCCAAAUUUAUAAAAAAGUGAUGAUUAAUAAAUUGACUAAGAAUUCUAAGAAUUUAUUCGAUUUAAAGAGGCAGCAAAGAAGUUACAAAAAGUAAUUGAUGACAACGAAUAUUAAGAUUUCUUGGAAUUCAAAAAAUCAAAAUUGCAAUAAAAAACAAAUAAUAUUGCAUAAUAAACAAAUCAUGCUGUGUAAUAAACGAAUAAUGUUGGAUAAGCAACUCAGCAAAAAUAGAUAAAUGAUUUGUAUAAAAGAACAAAAUAAAUCUAAAGUGAAAAUGAAUUGAGGCCAAAAUUUACUGAGACUAAAUUUGAAAGAAAACCUGGUGAAAAUUACAAAUAGAAAUACAUUGCUCCAAAAUUGGAUACUAAUUUAGAGAUUCAAAGGGCGAUGGAAGUUCUAAUGAAGAAAUGA